AUGGAAUAUCCGGACGUACCAGAGCGGAAUUCUCCCUCACCGCCACCUUCGCCGACCUUGGACCGGCCCGCCUCACCCGAGCUCCCGCUCACCAUGACAGCCUCCGCGGUGCUUACGGCCUUGCCGCAGGAUGCAAGUUCCGCCCUCGCCAGCGCCGGUGACUUUGAACAAGAUAAGGUCGUUGUGCGCUUCAAGGCGGUCGGCUCGGCGCCCCAGCUGCAGCGAGAGGUCCGCAAGAUCAGUGCGACGCAGAAAUUCGAGGCUGUUGUAUCGCACCUGCGCAAGGCACUGCGAGUUUCUCCUUCGGACGGCCUCUUUCUUUACGUGAACAGUGCCUUUGCUCCAGCACUGGAUGAGAUUGUCGGCAAUCUUCAUAGGUGUUUCAAAGACUCAAGUGAUCAACUUAUUGUAGCCUAUUCUAUGACACCCGCCUUCGGAUGA